AUGGGUAUAGGUGCUGUACUUAUGCAAGAAAUGAGACUGAUUGCUUACUUGAGUGAGAAGUUGACUGGAGAAACUCUCAACUAUUUCACAUAUGACAAAGAGAUGCAUGCAUUGGUGAGAGCAUUAGAGACAUGGCAGCAUUACCUAUUGCCAAAAGAAUUCAUGAUUCACACAAAUUAUCAGUCUCUAAAACAUUUGAAAGGCCAACAUAAGUUGAACUUAUGUCAUGCUAAAUGGGUGGAGUUCAUCGAGACAUUUCCUUAUGUGAUCCGAUGUAAGCAAGAUAAAGAGAAUGUGGUCAUUGAUGCAUUAUCUCGAAGGUACGCUUUACUUUCCAUUUUAGAUACGAAAUUACUUGGAUUUGAAUAUAUGAAGGAUUUAUAUGCUAACGAUAUUGAUUUUUCUGAAAUGUUCAAAGUAUGUGAAAAGGUUGCAUUAGGAAAGCCCAUAGUGGUAGCUUGA